AUGUCUUAUUCAAGCUUCGUGGUUAAAUGGAUAGGUCCCUGGCAUGACUCUCUGCCUUUUAGCAACAUAAAAAGUGGUACAUACUUCUGGGCCUGCCACGCCCGCGGUGGAGCUCGGCGAUCGCGGCGCCACCGGCUGGACCCCGAAGCGGGGCUCACAGGGGUUGCCAUCAGUAACAACCUGAGGACCCAAAGCUGCGGUAUCUGGCCCAUGCGUGGACCGGAACGCGCCUGCAAGAUAUCGGCUUUGGGUUUGAAGAGCACCUGUGCGCGCGGCUCCCAACCACGACGGCUGGCCGCGGCACAACGACGGCCCGCGAGCCAAUGCUCCUGUGAGGCGCACACACGCACACGGACGCGGACAAGGACACGAGCGAGCGCGCAAGCGCAAGGCGCAUUCGUUCAGACCGGUGAGGCCUCCUUCCGCCAUCGGCGCGUCAAAGCAGAUUCCGGCUUUUUGGCACGCGAAAAGCAGGAUAAGGUUGUUCUCGCAGGGCAAGAAGAGGACAGCUUACAGGAAUCAGGAGCAGGAGUAGCAGGAGCAGAAGCCACCAGGAGCUCUUUUCCCUUCACCGUCGGUGCGUCGCUUCAGCUGCCUGCUGCUGCCGGGCGAGCUGUACGGCCCCCUGACGACAAUCGCUCUAUCAUGGAGACGAAUCGACCCAAGGAUGUGGACCGGGAGGACGUGAUGGUGCUAGCACGUGGAGCUGGUGAAAGAGGAGGAGGUGGAGGAGGAGGAGGUGGAGGAGGAGUGCAUUCUUGCAUUGAACCCAAGGUCGCCGUCAUGCUUUGUACGGACCGACAAACUGGCGGCAUCAGGCACACCGCGGCGGCUUCAAGGGCACCAGGCGCUAGUGCUCUGCUUACGUGCAGCGGCGGGGCCGACGUCCGUCCGUUGGGCGAUGGCGAGUGUCGUACACCGCUACCGGAGGCGGCUGAGCUUGCGGCCAUGCUGCCGCCGGCGACGGCGGUAGGCGGGCAAACGCCGGCUGCGGCCGCGCGGCGGCACUGGCGGCGGCAGCAUGAGUUCCUGUCUCUUGACGGCGGCGAAGAGAAGUACGGCGGUGCGAUGCCGCUGUCAGGCGGUGACGACGUCGGUGCUGGUGCGGCCUUCGGAUCUGCCACUGCCGUGGGCGCUGCCGCCGCCGCAUCCCCGGGCGGCCCAUCACCGGCGCCAACUCCACAGCAGCGCCAAGCGGCCGCAUCGCCCAUGCUCGUCGACGGAACGAGCCCGACGGUGGAAGCGGCAGUGUCGCCGCCAGCAGUGCUAUCGGGCGUGACGGCGGUCAGCUCCGGUGACACGGCAUCCCCGCCUGGGGGCGGCAGCGGCGGCGCCGCCACCGUUUCCCCCAAGGCUGGGUCAUCGGCCAAGGCCAAAGGAAAAGGAAAAGGCAAGAAGAAAGGGCUGGACAUCGAUCUGGACCUCCCGGAUCUGGAUUCGGAGCCGGAUUUGGAUUCGGAGCCGGAACUGUCGGAACAUGAUCCAGAUGCUGAUGAUGACGAAGGCGACGAGGACGAGGAGGAGGACGUAACCGGGGCGCGUCAAUCUGUCGCGCCAGGCAAUGGACUUUUCACUUCAGAGGGACGUCACACGGCAGGCAUGGCGACGAUCACGCCGGGUGCCCUGCGCAUACGGCGCAAGGAGAAGGACAAGGCUGGAUCUGGGGCCGCCGCGCUGAAUGCGGUGGCGAAAGCCACCGCCACAGGCGGCGGCCAACCCGGAGGCGGCGACGCCGCCGUCAACGCCACUGCUGGCGCCGGCGCUGGCGGCUCCAAGCCGAGCAUCGCAGACCUCGACGCGCCUAGUUUCUGGGCAGAUGACGAGGACUACAUCUACAAGGACGUCGAUCCAAAUGAUCUGGACAUUGGCAUUGAGUUCCCGCGUAUGGAGUUGAAGUCCGAGGACUUGGAGCUGCCGUCUGACGACUUUUGGGCCGAAGGAGAGCAUGAGGGCGGCGAGGGCGAGGGGGAGAUGGUGAUGGGAGAGGACGGCAAGCCGGUCCGACGUGUACGGCUGAGCGCGGCGGCCCUUGCGGAAGGGGAGGCCUUCAUCGGGCUUGAAGGACUGGUUUCCUGGGGACGUGACGGCACGUACCGCGGGACGAUUACACGCUUCGAUCCAACUCGUACACGUCUCAUGUGGCUCAUGUCGUACGAGGACGGUGAUGAGGAGUGGGGCGCCGUGACGGAGGACCGCAGUGGCUGGCGGGUUUCCGUGGGUCGGGAUGGCCAAACCCGUUUUGGAUCCAUCGUUGACUUUGACCCCAACCGUCCGAGGUACAAAUGGUACAUUAGGUACGUCGGCUACGCCGAGCCAGCGUACGGCGGUACGGGAGAGUGGGGUUGUCUGGACGAAGAGAGGAUCACAUGGCACACGCACGGCUACAAGCGUCCCGUGCUGUCCGUCACCGGCGGUGCCGGAGGUGUCGUACCGGUGGCGCCGCCGAAGCCGGCGGCGGCGGCUGCCGCCGCCGCCAAUACCUUCACGCAUCGCAAAGGCCCAUUUGGUCGUACCGGCCUCGGUCUGUUGUACCUGAUUUCGGCUUCGGAGCCAGGAUCUGAUGGAAGGUUCCGGGUGCCGGUUAUGGCCCUGGGGAACAUUCGGGGGGCGUACGGCUCACCUGCCGGCGCGGCGGCGGCGGCAGCGGGGAGCGGGGGCGCCGGCGGCAAGGCGGCCCUGGCGUACGGCGGGCAUGGAGGAGCAGCAGCGGCGGGUGGCAAGCCGGAGCGCGUCAGCAGUACGGCAUUGGCGGGUGUGCCGGACGAGUACGGCGCAUCAUUGGUGGGCGCUAAAAUUACGAUCACGGUGGGUCGCGGCCAAGGCCACAAGCGCAGCGGUACCGUCACUGAGUACGACGCCAACCGUCCCAAGUACCGCUGGCGCCUGACGUUUGACAAUGUGGGGGAGCCUGCGCAUGGCGGCGCCGCCGAGUGGGGCAUGUUGAGCGAGGACCAGUCCCUGUGGCUGGCGCAUGGAUACAAACGCAACAUUACGGCGCUAUCGGGUGUGCCGGAAAGGAAGCCCAGGCUGGCGGAUCCGCCGCCGCCGCUGGUCCCGGCGCCGGCGGCGGCGGCGUCGCCGCCGCGGCCAGCACCGGCGGCGGCUCCGCCGCCGCCGGUGCCGGGACCAGCGCCGGCGGAUGCUGACGUGAUGGAUGUUGGCGGCGUCGCCGUGACCUCGCCCAACUGUACGGAAGGCAACGGGAGGCAGCGUUCGCCGACGGAAGGUGGUCCGGAGGUGUCGGCGCCGGCAGCGCCGCUCGGCGCUGACGGUGACGCCGGCGCCAAGGUAAAAACGGAGGGCGGCGAAGGGGUCAAUUCGGAGUUGGAUGCUGCGCUGGCGGCUGCUGCGGCGGCGGCGGUGGCUAUCAUGUACGACGGAAACUUGGAGGCGGCGACCAAACUGGGCAUUGACCCUUCCGAACUUGAUCUUAGUGUGUGUGAGGUGGAGGAGUUGGGCACCAACCUCAUCGGGGCUCGGCUGCUGGUGUCGGUGGGCCGCGGGGGAGCUCGUCGUAGCGGCACCAUCACCGACUUCGAGCCCAACCGGCCGCGUUACAAAUGGCGCCUGGUGUACGAUUCGGAGGGCGUGCCGGCGCUGCCACCGUCGUACAUCAACGCCGCUGCGGUAGCCGCGGCGGCGAUGGCGGCCGCGCAAUCGCCGGUGCGCAAGCGCCGACCGGGCUUUAUCGACGAGCAGUCCGUGGCGUCGGCGUUGCUGACUUUGGGCAAGCGUGCACGGCGUGAGGCCAAGGCUGCAGCGGCGGCGGCGCGUGAGGCGCGGCAGGCUGAGAUUGCCGCCGCUGGAGGACACGUCAUUCUCGUACAGCAGUCUCCGGGGCAGACGCUCGGCCCGGAUGGUACGGCAGCUGGCGGAGGCGAUGCAAACGCAGACGACGCCACAGCAAUGGACGCUGAUCGCGCGAAACGCAUCAAGGUUGAGCCGGGUACUGGUGGCGAAGUCGGCGUGACGUACGUUCGACAACCGCCAACGGGCAUGAACUCGCCGUACGGGGCUGGGGCCGCGGCUGGCGGCGGGAGUGGCGACGGCGCCGGUGGGGACGGUGGCGACGGCGCCGCAAACGUCGGGCCUGUCUCGCCGAUAGCCAAUCCGGAGGGUGUCGUGGGCUUGGAGAUUGAGGUAGAUCGUGGCGACGGGCGGCACCGCGGCCGCGUCUUGUCGUACGACGCCAAGAAGCCGCGUCUCCGCUGGCUCGUCCGGUAUCACGACGGCAACCAGGAGUGGGGUACCUUUGCCGAUGACCUCUCAACGCUGCGCGUGUACGGCUUCGUACGGCAGAUUACUUGGACGUCGCGGCCACCUGCCGUCCUGCCUAAGGGCUCUAAGGGAGGCGGCGGCGGCCGCAACCGGUUAUCGUCAGGCGCGCGGGCGUCGCCAGCGGCGCCAGGUGUUGUCGUCGCCGGCGGCGGCGGCGCCGCCGCCGGUGGCGGUGCCUCCACCCCUGGAGGACCCGGCGCGCCGCCGUCAGGAAGUGGGGCCGGGCUGGUCCGCGCGCGGCGAAGCUCCGAAAACGGUGACAGCGACUGGGUCGGCGGUACGGGCAGCGGGUACGGCAGCGGCGGCACAGACUACCGGUACAUUUUCCGGCGCAACGGAAUGUGCCGAGCACAGAUCACGCACCAGGGCUGCGCAAUCAUCAGUCCGUACUACGAUACUCCCGAGGCCGCCGCCGCCGCGGCGGACUACUACAACUACAAGCUCCGUGGCGCUGCGGCGCAUCUGAACCUGGGCCUUACGGCAGAGCAACGCGCCGCUCCGUCACUGCCGCCGCAACCGGUGCCGCCGCCGCAGCCGCAGCCGCUGGUGCUGCAGGCAGCCGCCACAGCCACUGCUCCUGCUGAAGACCUCCCAGCAGAGGAGAUGCAGAUUCAAGUUGAGGUCAGAGUAGAGGAUGACGAGACCGACGAUGACGUACGCCGUGCAGUACCGGAUCCGGCCGCCGAGGGCGUGGGAGCAUGGGAUGACGUCAUGGCUGAGAUAGGGCCCUUGUGA